AAACUUAUAAUCUAUUAGAUAAUUUACAAUCUAUGAGUGCAUCGUGGAUAUAUAUAUAUAUAUAUAUAUAUCCAUGGAGUGAAUUAUGUAAUUUUUACAACAUAUUGUCAUGUCUAUGUCUGCAACUUAAAGUGAAACUGAUAUAAAAGGAAUUUUUACAAUCUACUUUCGCUUAUGGGUAUGUUGGCCGUUAAAAUAUCAAAUGUGUCUCUUAUUCCGGGAUAUCUUAUUAAUAAUUAAAAGUAUUAAUAAUUAUUAAAACUAUUAAAUUUAAAAUAUUGUGAUAAUUUGAUUCGAUUGUGAUGGCUAGCAACAACAAGAACAACAGUGACAAGAUAGACGACGGUGAUUGUGAUUCCGAAAUCGGUAGCGUUAAAAAGUUGUUGGAAAAACUGCAGAAGUAUUCGGCGAUGGAUAAACUGAUCAAGAAAGAUGAGAAGAAAAUAUUGAAAGUACUACAGAAACUGGAAAGUUGUAAUAUGACAGUAGAAAUACUAAAGAAGACAAAAGUCGGCCUUCAGGUCAACCAAUUGAAGAAGAAGACAGACAAUACUGCAAUUAAAACUCAGGCCAAAUCAGUAGUUGAAAGAUGGAUGAAAAUUUUUGAUGCAAGCACAGCCAAACGAAAAGAAGAUAAGAAAGCAGGAAAAAGUUCAAGCGGUGUGGCUAAAACGCAGCCACCACCCUCGCCAUCAACUCCAUCGCCACCGCUACUACCACCAUCACCAGCCACGCCGACACUUCCUUCACCACCAUCAGCGCCGUCAGCUAAUUUAGAAAAGAAGCCCACAAAAUCACCAGUAUCGUCAUCAGCAGUAGCAGCUGCAGCAGCUUUAAAUCCAUCAUCAUCAUCACAACUGUCAUCACAGUCAUCGUCAUCAGAGUCUACGCUGGUUAGAUCGUCGUCAUCAUCAUCUAAAAGACUCAAAAUAGAUGACGGUCAUUUUCAUACCGACGAUCCAGUAAGAGUUAGUACGAGGAAUAUGUUAUUCAAUGCUCUGAGGAGUGAAGGUGAUGACGAAUCAGACAUUCAACAACUGGCAGCUGAGAUAGAGAGCUGCAUAUUUGAUGAAAUGAAGGACACUGGUACAAAAUAUAAGAAUAGGAUUAGGAGUAGAACAUUCAAUAUAAAGGACCCGAAAAAUCCUCAACUCAAAGAAAAAAUUCUAAACGGCCUAAUCACUCCGCAGAGACUGGCCGUCAUGACAUCGACAGAGAUGGCCAGUGAUGAGCUGAAAAAUUUAAGAGAGAAUUUUACUAAAAAGGCAAUCCACGAGGCUCAGGCUCCAUCUAUCGCUGCUGCAAAAUCGGAUCUAUUCCGCUGUAGCAAGUGCGGUAAACGUGAUACCACUUAUAACCAGGUGCAAACAUUGAGUGGAGAUGAACCAAUGACGACAUUUGUGGUCUGCAACCAGUGUGGAAAUCGUUGGCGGUUCUCCUGAGGUUGAUCAUCUUACAGUGUGGUACUAUGAAAACCGCCUCCAGUUUAUGAUUUAACAUCUGCAAUUCUAUUGUAUUCAUUUUUUUUUAAUUUUUAUUUAUUUAUUAUAAACAUUCAUUUGUGCUUUCUGUGAGUCACGUUUUUUUUUAGUUACUCACUUUAAUAAUCAUCCCUUUAUCAUACUUUGAUAUUGACAUUCAUUAUCAUACAUAAUUGUAUCAAAGCUUUUGAUAGAGGCAUUUUUGUGAAGUUUGUUGAAAAUAUUCUGUACAUUAUGAAUGCAACUUUUUAGAAUGCGAUGUGAUUUAAUGCAUUUUAGUAACAAGUUCAAUUAUAUUUUCGCUUGAAGUUUGUGAACAAUUUUCAUUUAAUAGAAUUUGAACUAA